AUGGCCGAGCUGGAGCACCUGGGCGGGAAGCGGGCCGAGUCGGCGCGCGUGCGGCGGGCGGAGCAGCUGCGGCGCUGGCGGGGCUCUCAGACCGAGCAGGAGCCCGCCGAGCGGCAGCCGCGCACCCGCCGCGGGGCCCCCCGGGUCCGCUUCGAGGACGGCGCGGUCUUCCUGGCCGCCUGCUCGAGCGGGGACACCGACGAGGUGAAGAGGCUUCUGGCCAGAGGGGCCGACAUCAACACGGCCAACGUGGACGGCCUGACCGCCCUGCACCAGGCCUGCAUCGAUGAGAACUUUGAGAUGGUGAAGUUCCUGGUGGAGAACAGAGCCGACGUGAACCAGCAGGACAAUGAGGGCUGGACGCCUCUGCACGCGGCAGCGUCCUGCGGCCACCUCAACAUCGCAGAGUACUUCCUUAGCCAUGGAGCCAGCGUGAGCAUUGUCAAUAGCGAAGGGGAAGUCCCCUCCGACCUUGCGGAAGAGCCUGCCAUGAAGGACCUCCUUCUGGAGCAAGUGAAGAAGCAAGGGGUCGACCUUGAGCAGGCGCGGAAGGAGGAGGAGCAGCAGAUGCUUCAGGACUCCAGGCAGUGGCUCAACAGCGGGAAGAUCGAGGACACCAGGCAGGCUCGCUCUGGGGCCACCGCCCUACAUGUGGCUGCUGCCAAGGGCUACUCCGAGGUCCUCAGACUGUUAAUUCAGGCUGGCUAUGACCUGGACGUGCAGGACCAUGACGGCUGGACGCCCCUCCAUGCCGCUGCACACUGGGGGGUGAAGGAGGCUUGCUCCAUCCUGGCAGAGGCCCUCUGUGACAUGGACGUCAGGAACAAGCUGGGCCAGACCCCAUUUGACGUGGCUGACGAGGGCCUUGUGGAGCACCUGGAGAUGCUGCAGAAGAAGCAGAGUGUGCUUCGAAGUGAAAAAGAGACGCGGAAUAAGCUCAUUGAGUCAGACCUGAACAGCAGGUUGCAAAGUGGACUCUUUAAGAACAAAGAGAAGAUGCUCUAUGAGGAGGAGACACCCAAGUCCCAUGAAGCGGAGGAAGAAAACAAGGAAUCCAGCAGCUCUAGCUCGGAGGAGGAGGGUGAAGACGAAGCGUCUGAGUCCGAAACUGAGAAGGAGGCAGAUCGGAAGCCAGAGGCCAUUGUCAACCAUUCCAACUCAGAAAGCAAGGGCCGUAUCACGGAGCAGAGACCAGCACCAGCUCAGAACACCUCCUCUGCCCCCUCAGCCAGGAGGCUCGCCAGCUUUUUUAACAAGCUGGAGGAGCCCAAAGAUGAGUCUCCUUCUUCAUGGCGCCUGGGACUCAGAAAGACUGGCAGCCACAACACACUGAGUGCGGUGGCCGACACCCGGGAAACUGCAAGGGAUCGGGGCUCUGCCCUCUCCCGCUCGGCAUCCAGCCCUCGAAUCUCCGCUCUGCUGGACAACAGGGACAAGGUACAGCACGGCUCCAAGGAGAGAGAAAACAAAAGCUACUUUAGCUCACUGGCCCCCCGGAGGUUCAGCAGCACAAGUGAUGCCGAAGAGAAGGAGAACAGAGAGUCGGCUGUGAGCCUGGUGAGGAGCGGCUCCUACACUCGGCAGCGGAGGGACGAAGCCAGGGGGAGCGAAGCACCACAGCCCGUCGUCCCUUCCACCUACGUGUCCACCUACCUGGAAAGGACUCCUCACAAGUCCCCCGCUGACUCCACGGCAGAGAAAGCAGACAGUGUCUCUCCGAGCACCCCUCUGUGUGUGAUCACCAAUCGCCCCCUGCCGAGCACUGCCAACGGGGUCACAGCUUCCACUCUGCUGUCCACGCCUGGGACGGACUCCUCUGCGGAAGCCAGGGAGAGACGGAGGUCGUAUCUGACCCCUGUCCGCGACGAGGAGGCCGAGUCCUUGCGGAAAGCGCGCUCCAGGCAAGCCCGGCAGACCCGAAGGUCGACGCAGGGAGUGACCCUGACAGACCUGCAGGAGGCAGAGAGGACCUUCAGCCAGUCCAGGGCAGAGCGGCAGGCUCAGGACCAGCCUGACCAGAAGCCGGCGGGCACCGAAGGGCCAGAGAGCCACGCCGAGAGGCAUGAGACCUCCGCAGUCCCUGCAAAGGACGCUGGGGAGGGCCGCCAGCCCUGGGCCCGGGGUCUGGAUGAAGAGCCUGUCCCUCGCCGCCUGAGGUGUGCAGCUGCGCCAGACAAGCCCACGACAGCUGUGUCCCCGUCCACAUCGGCCCUCUGCACCAGCUCCCACCUGCUGCGGACAAGCACACCGCCAGCCCCUGACCCGGAGACAAAGGACAUGGACAAAGAUGAGAGUGAGGAAGCAGGUGUGGACGACCCGUCCUCUGGCGGGCUGUCCAUCCGUGAGAGGAGGCGGCCCCGAGAGCGGCGGAGAGGCACGGGCAUCAACUUCUGGAUGAAGGACGAAGAUGAAGCCGAUGGCUCUGAAGAGGUGAAGGAAGCGUGGCACGAAAGACUUUCUAGGUUGGAGUCUGGAGGGAGCAACCCUGUGACCAGCGACUCCUACGGUGACCGGGCCUCAGCAAGAGCCCGCAGGGAGGCCCGCGAGGCCCGCCUGGCCUCCCUGACCGGCCGAGGGGAAGAGGACAGCAGCAAGGACUAUAAAAAGCUGUACGAGAGCGCCCUGACCGAGAACCAGAAACUGAAGACCAAGCUGCAGGAGGCCCAGCUGCAGCUGGCAGACGUCAAGUCCAGGCUGGAGCAGGUGGCCCAGAAAGAAGAGAAGACGGCCGCCAGGUCCUCGAUGCUGGAGGUGGAGAAGCGGGAGAGGCGUGCCCUGGAGCGGAAGAUGUCAGAGAUGGAGGAGGAGAUGAAGGUGUUAACAGAACUGAAAUCCGACAACCAGAGGCUAAAAGAUGAGAACGGCGCCCUCAUCAGAGUCAUCAGCAAGCUGUCCAAGUAGCCAGGAGCCAAGAGGCGGUCGGUGCCUCCGCCUCGGGCUGCGGGAAGGUCUGUCCCCGCCCUCCCGCGUCACCUGCUGUGCCGUCUGUGCCCCCCAUGCUGGCCCUGCCCCACCUGCACCGGGAUUUACCCCAGUUCUCACAGGGCCUGGCGAGGGCCGCUGUGUCCCACCCAGCUGUGGGCCCUGUGCCCCUCGGCACAGAGAAGCUGUGGGGUGGUCGUCACGUUUGUUAGGUCCCAGGGGCGCGAGCACUGCCCCGCUCAAGCCACCUCGGACCUGCGUUCCCCUAGCUCCGCGUGGUGGCGGCUUCUGUCAUCAGCUGUCACACCCCUGAGUAGUUCUGCGGCUCGGUGGCCCUGGUUCCAAGUCCCGUCCUUCCUACUUCCUCCCUCUGCUCCACCGCUCACCGCACUGAACACAGGACCGGGCCCUGUCCCCGAGAGGCACCGGUGCCCACCUGGGUUCCCUCCCACUGUCCCCGGCAGGUGGCUCUGUCCUGCUCGCUCUGGCUCCUGGUCUGAGGAGAAGGACAUGCCCCAGGGCAGAUGGAGAGCUGGGCAGGGGGCGGGUGGGGCAGGUGUGGGUGGCAGAGGCCGCGCCCUGGAGCCUGCACUGCAGGGCAUUUGUUUAGGGGGAGACGCUUGUUUCCUAGACGCGCAGAAGGAGUCGGUCACCAGUCUGGAGGUGAGGGCUGCAGGGCCUGAGCCCUCAGCCAAGCUCUGCACUGGACUGCCCCACAGCUCCAGCCUGUGGCCAGGUGGGGGGGGGGGGGGGCACACAAAUACCCAGGAAGUUUUCUGAUGUGAGUUGAGGUCUGGGGUGCUCCCGCCGUCCUGAGCCGUUAGAUGGGACAGCUGGGUGCUCUGGCGGCUGGUCACCUUGGCCCUCCUCCUGGGCUAACACCGCCUUGUGGACGGCUUGCCUGCAAUCAGACCUCAGUUUUUCACGGUGGCCCAGCACCCCCCUUGGGCACGUGCCUUGUGCCAGCGCUUCACCCCAUGCGUGUGAGGCCCCCUGAGUGCCCUCUUCAUCGUGCGGCUGCUGGUGAUGGUUCUUAGCGUGGUCCAUUCUCGGCCUCCGUCACCGUAUUACUUCCUCCCAGAAAGUGCAGCACGUCCUGCACAGUGCUCUCAGCCAACGCCCACGCGGGAUGAGCGCUGCCCCGUGGGACCCUCACUCCGGACACCCACCACGGGCCUGCGGUGUGGGCUCAGCCCCAGGCACCUCCUCCUAGGGACAGUCCUGGCCGACCCCUGGCACGCCCUGGGUGUGGGGAGGGACGGGUGGCUGCCCCUACUCAGGAAAAGACGGUGGAAUCGGGACGACGGCCGCCCCUCUCCCCUGAGCAGGCAGGCGGAGGGGCCCGGAGCUGUCAGCCUGUGUGCCUUCCGUACGUGGGACGGCUCUCAGACUCGGCUGUGCCCUCCGCUUUCAAGAUGCCUUUUCUUGCCAGAAAGUUCUCCUUGUGGUGAUGAAGUGACUAGUUUUUCACUCUCAGGAAUACCGGGUCUAUGGCCGAGAACUCGUGAAAGUGUAGCCCCUGGGGUGCCGGCCUUGCUGCCUGCCGUCGGCUUUAUCAGACGGACUGGGUUCUGGUGUCUCCAGGGAGCAGACGCCACAUCCUCGCGCCCGCUGACCAGAGCCCGCUGUGCGCGGACCUGGGGCCACAGCAGGGCCACCUGCUGCGUGGACGGUGAACUGGGCAGCUGUCUGUGGAAUGUCGGUGGGGAGGGCAGGGCCCUGGCCAGCCCACACCCUGUGCUCCUCGGCAUCUCAGCCGACCUGCGGGGUGAGGUGGCCGCAGGGGCCCCACCGGGGCCUCCCUUCCCCACCGCUCUGGGCACGCUGACCGGCUGUCGCUGCCAAGCAGUCUGAAGAACAGGAGGCCCUGAGCUCUGCCGGGCAGGCUCCUUGGCUGGCGCCUGGCCCGCGUCCCACUGUGGGCGGCUUCUCCUCGAGCCGGGGCCUGGCCCUGGCCGCUCUUGGAGACCAGGAUGUGCUGCCCGCUGAGGCCUGCAGAGGUGGUGUCAGGUCGGUUCACCGUCCUUUUGCCCUAAACGAGACGGGCGCUGGCCCGAACGUCGCACUCAGGAAGUAAGGAGCCGAGACCCCGCUUACCAGCCUGUGAACCCCACAAAAGUGUGAACUACUGACCGUCUCCCCGGGGCUUUAAUUGAGCCAGAGUGGAGAGAACGGGAAAGUCAGAGCCGUGCGCUGGGCUGGGUCUUUGCCUACCGGCCCCUGGCCCCUGGCCCCUGGCCGCCCAGACAGGUGGUGUUUCUGUCCUACUGGGCACAUGAGGUGGCCGAGGGACCAUGGGGCACAGAGCUCUGUGGUGUGUCCAGGCUGCUGGCUCCCCGGAAGGGAACCCCGAAGGGACCCUGCAGCCAGGCCGAUGGGAACGGGGCUGCUGGUUCCCUGGGCCCGGACCUUGGGUGGCUCUGCCUGAGCCCGUCCUCCCUUUAAGGCACCGCCAGGCCAGGCCAGGCCGCCCCACUGAACACAGCUGUCCCUGCCCACAGCUUGGCCACUGUGCUGCAGUCCCCACGCCGUGUGUGAGGUGGAUCUUGCCCCGUGAUGAGUCCUGUGACCCAAAACAAGGACAAGGCAGGGAGUGGGGCAGAGUUAGGGGUCUUUCCCUGGACGAGUCCGCAGAGGAGACUCGGUUGUCCGGUCCUGCAAGGACCUCGCUCUCGAAAGGCUGGUGG